AUGUUCGCGGUUCCGAUCGACGACGGCGCCGCGCAGGGCAUGGGCGGUGCGAGCAGGGUGGAGGGCGCACUGGAGCGGGACAAGCGCAACGGGCGCGCGAGCACGCGGCUGACGGUCGUCCGCGAGCACGUGGCGAAUUCGCGCGCGAACGGCGAGAGCCGCCACUCGGUCGAGGCGCACGGCGGUGCGACGGAGUUGCCGGAGGAGCUUAUGAGCAUGAGCUGGUCGGCGCUGCACGAGGACGCGGACAAGCUGCACGCGCACGUGGUGGGGAUGUUCGACAAGCUCGGGCUGCUGACGGAGGAGGCGGAGGCGUCGGUGGGGCGCAUUCCGCGGAAGAAGCUGGUGGCGCUGCUGCCGCUGGUGGAGCGGGACUACCCGGAGAACCCGUACCACAACUGGCGGCACGCGGUGGACGUGACGCACGGGUGCUUCAUGCUGCUGCUGCAGUCGACGGAGCUGGACCGGCUGCUGACGCGGCGGGACCGGCUGGCGCUGAUGCUGGCGGCGCUGGGGCACGACAUGGGGCACAAGGGGACGAACAACGCGUUUCUGGUGUCGACGAGGGACCCGCUGGCGAUCCGGUACAACGACCAGUCGGUGCAGGAGAACAUGCACGCGGCGCGGCUGUUUACGACGAUGAUCGAGCACAAGGAGGCGGACGUGCUGGAGGGGUUGGAGCUGGACGAGUGGUCGCGGGUGCGGUCGCUGGUGGUGGAGGCGAUCAUGGGGACGGACAUGGCGCGGCACUUUGACAUCAUUGCGGGGCUGGAGGCGCGGGCGGAGGCGGCGCGGCUGGUGCGGGAGCGCGACGCGGUGCUGGAGUCGGAGGCGGGCGACGUGCGGCUGUCGGACAAGGACCGGAAGCUGCUGCUGCAGAGCUUGCUGCACUUGGCGGACCUGUCGCACAUGCUGAAGGACAACGCGACGAAUCUGGAGUGGACGCGGCGGGUGAUUGCGGAGUUUUUCGCGCAGGGGAAGAUGGAGAAGACGCUGGGGCUGCCGUCGCUGCCGCUGAUGCAGGAGGGGGAGACGUACGUGCCGGGGUCGCAGGUGGAGUUUUUCGAGUUUUUGGUGCGGCCGUUCGUGUCGGCGAUGUGCCUCUGGCUCCCCUCCGCGGCCCCGCAGCUCGCCUCCGCCCUCCUCAGCAACUUCCGCAACUGGCUGCGCAUCGUGGAGACGGACAAGGACGCGGCGCUGCGCAGCCGAGCCGUCACCAUCGACGACGUCGUCCUGGCCUACGACGACCCCCUGUCGAACGCCAUCCUGGAAGGCAAGAUGUCAUUUGAUGGCUCCGCGCGGGCAUCGCGGCUGAGCGCGGUGUGGACGGGCAUUCGCCACCUGCUGUCGUCAGGGUCGGGCCAGCGCAGCAAAAGUUCGGGCCAGGGGUCUCGCGCGAACAGGUCGGGCACGGGGGCUGACGCGGCAUCGCCAGGAGCAGUGCCGCCUCCGCAGUACGUCUGGGCGGGCGACCGCAAGCCAGCUGACGAGGUGUGGGAGGGCGGCGGACUGGGCAUCGUCGAGGCGGCCGAGGGCAAAUAUUUGAAGGUCAAUUCGGGGUUGCGGCUGCGUAUGUUCGUGGAGCACCUCCAGGAGCCUCUGCAGGGUGUGCGGUUGCCCAACGCACGUCUGCUGGCGAAGAUGCCGAGCCGCAAGAAGCAGCCGAGCGGUCUGCUGCGCGCAGCAUCGACGAACCGCGCGCUCUCGUUCGGCCACGCGUCGCAACGGAGCAAGAGUUGGAUGAGGCAGUCGUCGUUGCUGUCGGUGGACCAACGGGCGAACUCGGUGCAAAUCCCGGACGGCAGGUCGCAGUCCGCGGCGUUCGCGAACGGCGGAGGCGGGGGAAUGUCAGGGCACGACUCCGGCCCGUCCGUCCUGCGCAGUCAACCCCCACGACGGUCCAUGCAACGCAAGUGA